UAAGCUAAGUGCACAGAAGAGGCUGUUUAUAUUCUAAGUUGUGCUAAUAAACAUUUUAACCCCGAUAUAAGUGCGCGUCUAGAUUUGUGAUCUUUGGCACAUGCGCACUUGAUUCUAUUGUUGCUGUACUGUAACGUCUGUGUCCAAACUAUUUUAAUGUCCUUGGCGUGGUAUAAAGAGCGACACAGUCCGUAAAGGGACGGGGUCGUGGUGGAUGAAUGUGUCAAACACAGGACUCCGAGAGCAAGGUUCAUGUCCUGUGUCAAACCACUGGCUAUACACAGCGUGUGUGUGAAGUGUUAACUUACUAUAUUUCAACCGCAGUUUUGUUAGGUUUGGCUUUCACAGACAGCAGUCUCCCCGGUGAAACAACACGCUGUGUUUGUGAAACGCUUUCUGGGAGAAAGCCGACAUUAGCUAGCCAGCAGAGAGCGCGGGGCCGAGCUAUAACCUCGGGUUUGUCCAAUGCAGUACUGCAGUACUCGGGGUGGGGUCCACGGAUGGGACUUCCGGGAUGUGCUGUUUUCAGGUUACGCUCCAGACGGGGGGAUGUUCAUGCCGGAGAGCGUGCCUGUGCUGAGCCCAGACACCCUUAGGGGCUGGAGGAGGCUGCCCUACACCAAACUGGUGGUGGAGGUCGCAUCACUGUUCAUCCCCACUCAUCUGAUCCCCAGAGAGGACCUGGAGGUCCUAGUGGGUGAAGCCCUGUCUGGUUUCUCAGUGCCUGAGGUGGUGAGACUCACCCGGCUGAAGGAGGGUCUGUCAGUCCUGGAGCUCUUCCAUGGAGACACCUUGGCCUUUAAGGACCUGGCUAUGACCUGCACGGUGCGCUUCCUUGACUACUUCCUGCAAAAAGAGAACCACAGAGCUACUGUUGUUGUAGGUACAUCAGGAGACACAGGUGGCUCGGCCAUCCAGAGCACUAAAGGUCUCUGUGGGUUGGAUGUGGUAGUGGUUUACCCCCGAGGACGCGUCACUCCAGUCCAAGAGAAACACAUGAUCACCUGCUUGGAGGAUAAUGUCCAUGUGUUUGCAGCGGACGGCAGCUCAGAUGACAUAGACCAGCCUCUGCGCCGUCUGUUUGCCGACCAGGAGUUUGUCAGGUCUCAUGGCCUCAUGAGCCUCAACUCAGUUAACUGGUCUAGAGUCAUGAUCCAGCUCGCCCACUUUAUCUAUGCUUACCUGGAGCUCAGUGAUAUGGAGCAGGCCAAGGCUGACUCAGACCUGCCUGAGCUGGAGGUGGUGGUGCCUACUGGAGGGGCGGGAAACAUUGCAGCUGGCUACAUUGUAAAGCAGAUGGGAUUGCCCCUGAAGCUGGUGGCCAUGGUGAAUUCUAAUGACAUAGUGCACAGGACGGUAACCAUUGGUGACUUUUCCAUGGCAGCUAAUGUCACACAAACUUUGGCCCCUGCCAUAGACAUCCAGGACCCCUACAACAUGGAGCGUGUGUUCUGGCUGCUGCUGGGCAGAGACGGAGCUUUAGUGAAGAACAUGAUGGAGGAGUUUCAACAAUCACGUAGACAAUCUCUGCCUGAGAACCACCGCAAACUGUUGUCACAAGUUUUAUCAACUGGAACAGUGACUGAUGAAGGGAUCCUGGACACCAUGAGGCGAUGCUGGGAGGAAAACCAGUAUGUGCUGUGUCCACACACAGCGGUGGCUGUAUGGCAUCACUACCACUGUCCUCACAGCCCCGGGCUCAACAGGUGUUACAUUGCAACAGCAUCUCCAGCCAAGUUUCAGGCAGCAGUGCAGAGGGCUGGCCUGACCUUUGACCUACCUGAGGCGGUGCUGGCGUUGGACAAGUUGGCCACCCGUUACCAGAACCUGGAGCGGAGCCUGAACUGGUGCAGAGACUGGGAGGACAGACUGAGAGAGAAAAUCCAGUCUGUGAGUUCAGUCAGGAAAAACAGAGGGACUCACUACAGCAGAUUAUGAAAGAUGUUAUUAUGAUGUAAAAUCAGAAAUCCUGAUUGGACAUUAAACUGUAUAUGGAUGAGGUCAGGUGACUCAUGCACUUCCUUAUCUGGAUGUAGUAAUUUAAGUUGAUGGGAAAGGACUCUUCUGCCCUCUUUGAUAGACUUUGGUCUGUAGUGUCAUACAACUUAUCUUUGUAUUUGUACAGUGAUGUCAUACACCACAAACCAAUCAAUUAUUCUCAAUGUUCAGUCUUCCUUCCACAACUUUAACACAAAUGUAAGUGUAUGCUUAAGAAUAAAAUCAAGCAUUUUUCUAUGA